AAUUUGGAGGACGCAGGUAUCGAACUAUAUGAUAAUAUAGCAAAAAGACAAGAAGUCAUGUAUGAUUACAGUUGGGAUUCUGUGAAAUGCAAGGCAAAAUGCAACUAUUAUGAUGGUGGCACCUCUAACUUUCACAAGCACUUAAAAAACAACGUCUGA